CUAGCCCGCUGCCCCUUGCCCCGCCCCCGAGGCUCAUGCCCCACCCUCGACCCCUGCACCCAGCCAAUUACACUUUCUCUUCGCCUCCUCCCUCCUGCUCCCUACUCCGCCCCCUAAACCCCUUUUCCGCCCACUUCCCCUGGUCCCGCCCCCUGCCCCUUACUCCCUGCCCCUCCCCCCGCACCACUCCUCGGAGUCGCGCGCUCCGCCGCGAGCGUCCCAGUCAGCCGGAAGUCCUGCCGUAAAGCGUGCCGCCACAAUCGUACUAGCGCCGGUUCCCUUGGAGACGGGCAACGCGCGCAAGAUGGCGAUGCCGGCGGAGGCGGAGGCGGCCGCGGACUUCGCGGAGGCGGCGGAGGCUGCGGAACUGAGCCGCGCGCUAGGUCGCCUGCUGCCAGGGCUGGAGGCCGACAGUAAGCUGGGGCGGCGGCGUGCGCUGGAGGCUCUGGAGCACGCACUGGAAGAGACGGUACGGCCCGGCGUGGAUUCUGCUGCCUUCCAGGGCCCCUGGGCUCGCCUGCUGCUGCCGCGCCUGUUGCGACUUCUGACCGACCCGGCCGAGGGCUGUCGCGCGCUGGCUGCUCACCUGCUGGACUUAGGCCUGCGCCGCGCCGCGCGGCCCCGGGACGCUCUGCCGCGCCUGUUGCCUGCGCUCACCGCGCGCCUGGCCCGACCUGAGCCCGCGCGGCCGCCGCCGGAGCCCUGCGAAGAGCUGCGCCUUGCCCUCGUGCAGCUGCUCCGUCUGGCCGUGGACCUGGGCGGGGCCGCCCUCGCGCCCCACCUGGACGACGCGGUGCGCGCGCUGCGGGGCACGCUGCUCGACCCCUUCGCCGCGGUGCGCCGCGAAAGUUGCGAGUGCGCAGCCGCUCUGGCGCGAGCCACUCCCGAGCACUUCCACAUGCAGUCGGAGUCCCUGAUAAGUCCCCUGAUGCAGACCAUCUCCCACCAGCACUGGAAGGUCCGGGUGGCCGUCAUCGAAGCCACAGGCACUGUGAUCCAGUUUGGCAACGGGAGUUCCGUGGAUGAUGUUCUUUCCCACUUUGCUCAAAGACUCUUCGAUGAUGUCCCUCAGGUCCGGCAGGCAGUGACCUCAGUAGUGGGAGGCUGGCUUCUGAAUCUUCGUGACCGAUACUCCUUCUUCCACAAACUCACCCCACUGCUGCUCAGCAGCUUCAGUGAUGAGAUGCCUGAGGUCCGGCAGACAGCCACCAGCCUCUGGGAGAAGGUCGGCCAGAAGUGGCAGGAGGAGAAUGAGGCAGAUCUAAAGGACAAGUUGGAUUUUGCUCCGCCUCCUCCUCCCCAUUACCCUGAACAUGAGAGCCGUCCUGGCCUGGGCUGCCGAGAGCUGGUCUUCAGGAACCUCUCCAAGGUGCUUCCUGCCGUCUGUCGUGACAUCACCGACUGGGUGGUAGGGACACGGGUAAAGGCCGCACAGCUGUUGCCGGUGCUGCUGCUGCAUGCAGAGGACCACAUCACGCAGCACCUGGAGAUCAUCCUCAGAACCCUGCAGCUGGCAUGUGCCGACGAGGAGAAGGCUGUGGUCAGCAGUUGUGUAAGAGCCGCGGAGCUCAUUGGCACGUUCGUCAACCCAGAAGUGUUUCUGAAACUAAUCUUAGCAAUGCUGAAGAAGGCGCCCUCUGCCCCUGGCCUCUUGAUCCUCUCAUCUGUCAUCCAGGGCUGCCCCCAGAACACCCUCCAGCCGCACCUCAAGGUCAUAGCCACAGAGCUGGCCCAGGAGCACAUCUGCCAGGGGUCUGAGAAUAAUCUCUACCUGGAGCAUCUGCUGCUGUGUGUGCAGGCUCUGCUGUCUGUGUGUCGGGAAGACUGUCGUGCCGUCAGCCUGCAGCUCAUGGAGGUGCUGGUGACGAUAAUGGCAGUCUCAGGUGCUGCGGGCCUUUGGAAGAAGGCCCAGAAGACCAUGGACACACUAGCCGAGGUGGAGGACAUCCCCAGCAGUCCGGACCUCUACCGCAAGCAUGUGGGUGCGCUCCUGGAACGGCUGACGGCCUCGCAUGGCGAGUGGACAGUGCACUCGGUGCAGUUGCUGAAGUUCACUGUGGUCCUCACCCAGGCAGGCCCAGCUGUGGGAGAAGCGCUGCAGCAUGUGAUUCCCACCCUCAGGACCUGUCUCCAGCCCACCACGGACCCACACAUGCGCCUGAAGCUCUUCUCCAUCCUGUCCACGAUGCUGCUGAGACCUAAGGACACUGUUGACUCUCAGGGACAGUUCCAUGGCUACUUGGAGAUGGUAGUGAAUGACAUCCUAGCCCCCAACCUGCAGUGGCAUGCAGGAAGGACAGCUGCAGCCAUCCGGACGGCUGCCAUAUCCUGUCUGUGGGCACUCACCAGCAGUGACAUCCUAUUGGCCAAGCAGGUGCAGGAGGCGCAGGAGACCCUGAUGCCACAGGUGCUGGCCACUCUAGAGGAUGACUCCCAGACCACACGCCUGGUCUCCUGCCGCAUCAUUAGCGUGUUCCUCAAGAACUCAGGAGAUACCAUGGAGCCAGAGAAAUUCCUCAGGGUCUAUCCUGAGCUCUUGAAGCGCCUAGAUGAUGUCUCCAACGACGUGAGGAUGGCAGCUGCUUCUGCCUUGCUCACCUGGCUGAAGUGUGUACAGAGCUCCGACGGGAAAUCUGCUUAUCAGAGCAGCGUUCAGUUCUUGUACAGGGAGUUGCUGGUCCAUCUGGAUGACCCUGAAAGUGCCAUCCAGGACACUGUCCUAGAAGUCCUCAAGGAGGGCAGCGUCCUGUUCCCAGAUGUGCUGGUUCGGGAGACUGAGGCCGUCGUCCACAAACACCGCUCAUCUGCCUACUGUGAGCAGCUGCUGCAGCACAUGCAGGCCAUGGCUGCUGCUCGGUGACCAUGUGCAGCAGCCGUGGAAGGGCCCCAGCUCUCUGAAGGGCACCACGGUUGGCCUGGAGACCUUGCAUUUAAGGCAGCCGCGUCCACAGUCCAGGCAUCCUUGGGACCCCACCAACCACUAGAGGGUGCACUGGGCAGCAGCCUCUGUCUUUCCGAAGCAGGUUCUGGGAUUUUGUGACAUGCCUACUAUACAGAGACCUCAAAAAGCUAAAAUUAAAUGCCCCGCCUUUACCAGCUCCCA